AGAUGAUGUUUCGAGGUGGACACAGGGGCCAGCGUUGUCAGGGUGCUUGAGGAGCGUUGCUCAGAGAGACCGUUUUCCUGGAGGGGAUUUUGCCGGAGGGUCGUUGGUCUUCUUCGCCGGCUGUCGAUCACGCUUCGAGGGUGAUUGAAACAUGCCGCCAAGAAAAAGAAAGGGAGGUUUCAAAAAGAAGAUCAAGGCCGUGGCUGAGCUUGUGGGACUUUCGAGUGGUUCAUCGUCGCAGACACGUCCUCCUAGCGCUCCUCCUAGCCCUCCACCACGGAGGAAGAAUGCCCAGCCACGGCGACUUCGUACCCCUUCUCCUAGUCCUCCCCCAGCCGAGGAUGAUGACGAGGAGCAGUGGGGUGGGGAGGACGAGGAGGACGGUGAGGAGCACGGUGGGCAGGAUGAGGAGGAUGGUGGGGAGGACGGUGGGGAGGACGGUGAGGAGGACGGUGGGGAGGACGGUGGGGAGGACGGUGGGGAGGAGCUCGAGGAGGAUGAGGGGUUGGGGGGUUUGCCGCAGGAGCUAAACAAAGACCUAGCUUGGUAUCCGCCCGAGGAGGAGGAGUACGUUGCAGCCGAGGAGAGGCUGGAACCACGGGACAAGAAGCCGUAUAAGCGCGGGAUUACGAAACUCCCCAAGCUAAAAACUUGGGCCUUCCGCGAUGUUGUUCUCGUGCCCGCUGGAAAGAGCAUGUUCAAGUAUGGUGACCCGAGGAGGCUCCCGACACGUGAGUACUCGAACAUACUUGGAGGCCUAAUUAGGAAGCAUUUCCCUGGGAUUGUCAAUCUCCCUAGUGGUGGCCGCGAUGUGGCUUGGACUUGGAAGCACUACAGCUACGCGGAAGAUCCUAGCGGCAAGUGCGCCAACAUGCAAGAGCGGGUUGUCCGCCACUUCUGGAAAUACUUCACGAGGGCUGAGGGCAAGGAAAUUGCGUGCGACGUUAUCUUACACGAGUUGUGCAGGGUGAGGGUGACUGGCAUGCACUACGAGGCACGUGUCCAGUGCGUUCGCGACUGGCACGCCGAGCGCAAAGUUUGGAUGAGUAAGGCUGAUUGUCGGGAUACGCUCAUGGCACCGUGGCAGUACCUGCAGAACCCUCCUCAGUACGUCGGGGAAGACAAGGCGUGCUUUCUUGCGAUGGUCAUAUGGUGGACAUCCGCCGAGUACGCCCGGAAGCACGAGGAGGGCAAGCAGAAGCGUUUAGAGAUGGGAGGUGGAUCACAUGUCCUGGGCAGCAAGAACUUGGCCCUUACCUUGCAGCAAGAGGAAGUGAAGACAGGCGUGACACCAAACUUGUUUGGCCUCUUCCAAAAGUCCAAGACCAGGAGGGAGCCGCAUCCUGAAACGGGGUCCGUGUGGGUCAACGGGCUAGCGGAGGCCCAGUGUGGCGCGUACCGCUCGAAGUUCAAGGACAAGCACGGCGAAGACGCCGACCCAACCACCGAAGACUUUGACGUUGAGGUUGCGGUGCUUGCGGGACAAGGCAAGAAGGGUGGCCGCCUAUGGAUUGCUGACGGGUUAGUCGACCCAACGACCAUUCCAUCUCUACGCCAGAUCCGUCGUGGGCGUACGAGCGAGCAGCCUCGGGUAGAGACCCGCCCACGGGCUUCGGACCUAGCUGUGGAGAAGUUACGGGCGGAGAUGGAAGAAAGGGAACGGAGGCACCAAGAGGAGCAGAUGCAGAUGCAGCAGCAGCUUAGGGAGAACAUGCAGAUGCAGCAGCAGAUGUUGCAGCAGAUGCAACAACAGCAGCAGAUGUUCCAGCAGAUGUUCAUGAACCAGACCGUGCUGACUUCACCACCGGGGAGUAGUGGUCCUAGCACGUCGUGUCCUCCUAUGUUCCCACAUUUUAUCCCCACGCCCGAUCCGGCUGUGAUGGCGCUCCUCCAGCAAGGGCCAAGUCAGAGCCCGCUGACACCUGGCUUGACCGUCAACAAUACGGGCAUCAUCCGGAGCCUGCAGCAGUUUCUAGGGCACGGGCAGCUAGUCUGCCUUGGAAAGUGCUCUAUUAUGUGCGGCGACAUGGUAUCUAUGGAGGUGCAAACUGAACUGAAGAAUAUCAUCCUACGAUAUGACACCACUUGCUUUGGGGAGAAGUACUUGGGCCUGCCAGUCUCGGAGGGAAGAUUGAAGAAAGGGAAAUCUGUAUCAACAAAGGAUGACCUGGAGAAGAUUAUCCGUGACUUUUGGUGGGGUGAUGAACAGAACAGAAACAAGAUGCACUGGCUCUCAUGGAAUAAAUUGACACGGCCAAAAUGUCAUGGCGGUGUCGGCUUCCGUGACCUCCGGGUUUUUUCAACCAGGCCUUAUCAGCUCGUCAGGCUUGGCGCUAUUGUUUAUGGACUGGAAUUGGUCAAGAAGGGUUUAGUGUGGAGGACUGGGAAUGGUACCAUGGUGAAAAUAUAUCGAGACAACUGGCUCCCACGGCCUGGCGCUAUGAAGGUGGAAGGUAGAAGGAGAUCGCUGCGUUUGAAAUGGGUCUCCGAACUUAUAAAUCAUGAGAACAGGACUUGGAGAGAGGAGCUGGUCCGAUAUCUUUUUUGGCAGCACGAUGCAAAUUGCAUUUUGGGAAUCAAGUUGGUGCCGAGAGCACAGGAUGAUUUUAUGGCGUGGAGUGGUGAGAGCAAUGGGAUCUUUUCUGUUCGUUCGGCAUAUCGUAUCGGCAUGCAAGAUGGGUUGGAUAAACUGAGCCAGGGGCAGUCGAGCGCCCAGGCCCUGGGUGAUCGGAAAAUUUGGAACUUAAUUUGGAAGGCUCAUGUUCCCCAGAAGCUGCAUGUGUUCGCCUGGAAGACAGCUACAAACUCGCUCGGAGUUCUAACAAAUGGCCACCAAAGAAUAACAAGACUGAGUCCGAUUUGCGGCAUUUGUGGUCGCGAGGAGGAGGACGCCCAUCAUGCUUUGGCAAUUCAUCCAAAGAUAUUCAGACUAAAAUCAUCUUCUUAUUGUGGCGGACUUGAUAUGCAGAGGAGGGUUGCGGUGGGCAGCACGGAGGUGUGGUGGCCGGCGAUGGUCUACGGCGGCGGUGGGGUUCCGGUGGCAGUGGCGGCUUGA